AUGAAUAAACAAACAACUAAAAAAGAAGACGAAUAAGAACAAUAAUAAUUAUUUUAAAAUAUAUUAAAAGAAAAAUAAGAUAAAUUAAGACAAAACUAAAAUUCAGAUAUAUCAACUAGAGUUAAAAUUGCUAUUGAAAAUCCUCCUUUGAAAUGUAAUGAUGAAUAGACUAUUGAAAAGUAUGUAUUAUUAGUAUAAAAUGAAUUUUCAAAUAUAAAAGGAAGAGAAAAUGAACUUGUAAAUAGUCUUAAUGAUGAAGAAGCAGUCAAUUUAUAUGAAUAUAUAAAUAAGAGUUUUUAAUAUAUAUCUGAGGGAAAAUCUAAAGAAGAUAAAUUUUUACCAGGAAAAUUAUUAAAAAUACAUUCUCUAUUAAUUUAAAAGUUUGGAAAAUCAUUAAUUUUAAGAUCUAUUUGUAAAAAAAAAGCCUUAAUCUAAAAAAUUGAUAAUUUUAAGGUUUCAAAAGACAUAAACUAGUAAUGAAUUAUGCAAUAAACAAAAAAAUAUUGAUAGAAAUACUAUUAUUUAUUUAAAUGAAUAAUAUUUAUUUUUCUAUAUUUUGUUUUCUUAAAAAACAAACUUGAUAAAAAUAAAAAAUUGUGCUUU